UUUCAUUUUCCUCUCGGUUUUUCGCUCUUUCUCUUUUUCUCUCCCGAUCUAAGUCUCGGCGGAGUGUCACCACUGUCCAAGGUAAGUGUGGAUGUUAAUAAUGGUAAUAAAUUAUGUAAAGCAAUGAUUUUUUUAAGGCUCAACAACGACAAGAUGUAUUUUUAGAUCUUAAAAAUUCGUAUAAAAGCAGUGCAAAGACCGUUACCCACUUAUCACGACCUUGUACUAUCUCAUGUAGAUUGUAAAGACCUGUGUCAAGAUACCUUCGUUACCCACUAAUCUCAAUUUGUAUCUCUUAUAGCUUGAGCAGCAAACAUCAUAUGUACCUUUAUGUUUGUAUGUAGAAUUUCCUGGUCUUUCCGCCGAUAUAUAAUUCAUUAAUGUAUGUCCAUUAUAUCCUUUGUUAAUAUCAUUUUAUUGACUGUGUGCGAGUCGUGGGACCCAGGGGGUCGGGUACUACGUUUCCGUCCGCACACUGCUAUGUAUAUCGCGGGCCCAGUAAUAAUAUUUUUACGGGCUGCUCUAGGAGCAAGAGCCUGUGCUGGCAUAAGGCCAGCUUAAUUGCCAAUAACAUAAUAAAUCUUUUACGGGCUGUUCCAUGAGCAAGAGCCCGUGCUGGCAUAAGGCCAGCUUAAUCUCAAACAACAACAAGUAAUAAAUCUUUUACGGGCUGCUCUAUUAGCAAGAGCCCGUACUGGCAUAAGGUCAGCUAAAUCUAAAACAACAAUAAAACAUCAGCACCUAGUUCUGUUUCACCGAGACCUUGCUCACAGCAGGAAUUAAGCACAGCAACAUAAUUUUUUCUACAGAACUCUUCCAUUCCAUACAAUCUUUAAAAAUGAAUCUAAAACCAAGACUUUCUGGGGGAAAUAUUAAUGAGGGAGGAGGGGGUAAAUAAAAUAAAAAAUUCGACCGUAACCAGGAAAAUUAAUAAAAGGGGUGUUAGAUAAAAAAAAAUUCGACCGUAACCAAAUUUUUUUGUGUAUUUAUUAAAACUCAGUGGCAUGAAAGAUCUAGCUUAACCACAUAAUUUGUUGUAUAAUAGUAAAGAUUGCACCACUUAUUCGGUAGUGAAUGUAAUUAACUUUGACCGCCAAUUGCUUAAAACUAACGUCGGACGAGUCAUUCCACUUUCGCACUACAUGCCUUAUAUGUAAGCAUACACACAUACAUAGACUCACAUGAGAAUAGUAGUUGUUAUCGAAAUAAUAAUUAAUUAAGCAAAUUUUUGCUGUGACAAUGUUCUGUUAUUCAUACACAUGGGGAAGUGAGGGGUUCGUGACCAGGUUGCCCCCCUUAAAUCCGCCACUGCAUGGAAGUGGUCAAAAGUUUAGCUUAGGUGCAAAUAUUGUUUGACUUUAUUGAUAGCAUAAUUCUUAAGUGACGCUAGGAUGGAGAAGGCCCCGAGAAAGCGCUGGGUCAGAAGGAUCUCUAAUAUUCAGGAUCGAGGGGAGAGGAUGUGAGCAAGGAGGAGGUCAGUUGUGUUAUUUGGGUAAGGACUAAGGGGUUUGAUACGCUAUCUUUUGUGGAGGCAUAUUAAUGUUGUAGUAUUUUCGAUUCUGCUGUUUAAGUAAAUGGUAGUGGCCCUUUUAAUUUUUGUGCUUUCUAAAGUUACCUCCUGUUAAAGGAAAGUCUUAAUGUUGAAAAAUAGAUAUUGCUAAUAUUGAAGCCUUGCAAAUAUCUGUACACGAAUGUCCACCAUUAUACAGUUAGGACAUGAAUCGUGUAUGAGCAUUUCUUGUUUUAUUUAGAAAAAAAUCCAUUCUAUGAUUUUCUUCCAAACUGUGUAAAUGUGUCUUUAUAAGCGAUAGAUCUAGUACAGUGCUGUACCAGCAUCCACCCUAGUGUAACACUGCUGCUUCAUUAGAUUGACCCUGUUGCCCGGCAACAGAGCGACCAGGAGUCUGGAAACCAGCUGAGCCAGAGUAUUCCCGUACAUCUGGCAACCAGUGUCUACUAUGUGUCUAGGUCUCUCUCUCCCUUCUCAGACAGUGUCUCCUCAUUGCCAUCUUCCUGGCGAAGCACGGAAGACGUGUUGUUGAUCUGCAUCGUUUGUGGGUCUUUUUAUAUCUUCAUUCGUUUUUGGACGAGUAAUUGUCGACGAAAUGACGUCAGGAAGCAAUCAAGGAUGGCUGGAAUAUUUACUCAUACACUACCGAUGGGUGAUCGUCAUCUUCUUCCUUCUCCCAGCAUCCUUUUUCUAUGACAUCUAUUACUACACGCGUUCGUGGAUCAUCUUCAAGCUGAACUCGGCCCCUCACCACCACGACAAGAGAGUGAAGGAAGUCCAGAAGCAGGUUAGAGAAUGGAAUGAGAGUGGCAGAGAAGUGCCUAUGUGUACAGCUCGCCCCGGGUGGCAGACCAUUAGCUUCCGCGAGGGAGCGUACAAAAGGACAUUCCACAAAGUUGCGAUCAAUAUGGUUGACAUACUGGAGAUAAACACUGACAAGAGGACUGUUCGUGUUGAGCCCUUGGUAACCAUGGGUCAGCUGACGCAUACACUCAUUGAUUUAGGAUGGACUGUUCCUGUAGUUCCUGAAAUGGAUGAUCUUACCGUAGGAGGGCUGGUGAUGGGAACUGGCAUAGAAACCUCAUCUCAUAAGAUUGGCUUGAUCCAACACAUGUGUGUUUCCUUUGAGCUGGUGGUUGCAGAUGGUUCUGUAGUUACAUGUUCAGAGACAGAGAAUGAAGAGUUGUUUUACUCCGUACCUUGGUCAUAUGGAACACUUGGAUUCUUGACAGCUGUAGAAAUAAAAAUUGUUCCAGCAGAGAGAUUUGUACGAGUUGAGUACAAGCCGUGUCACUCCUUGGAAAAUUUGGUCAAAACUUUCCAAGAGGAAACCAGCAAAGCUGAGGGAAACCAAUUCGUUGAAGGACUGAUGUAUUCUCUGCAUUCAGGUGUGGUGAUGACUGGCAAUAUGUGUACUUCAGCAGAACCUGGGAAGCUGAAUGCUAUAGGUCGAUGGUUCAAGCCAUGGUUCUUCAAGCAUGUUGAAACUUAUCUGGAAAGUGACACACGAGGAGUAGAGUACAUCCCAAUUCGUGACUACUACCACCGCCACACCCGUUCCAUAUUCUGGGAAAUACAGGAUAUAAUUCCAUUUGGUAAUAAUGUGGUCUUCCGUUACCUCUUGGGCUGGAUGGUACCACCCAAAGUUUCUCUUCUAAAAUUAACUCAAGGACAGGCAGUAAAGGAGCUUUAUGAAAAGAACCACUUCAUACAGGACAUGCUUCUUCCAGUUGCAGAUUUGAAGGAAGCACUUACGCUCUUUGAAAAUGAAGUGAAGAUAUACCCCAUAUGGUUGUGUCCCUUUAAACUACCACAGAGACCAGGAAUGCUCCAGCCUGUCCAUGGAAAAGAAACCAUGUAUGUAGAUAUUGGUACUUACGGAGUGCCAAAUGUAGAGAACUUCGAGCCUGUUGAAACUACAAGACGAGUGGAAGAAUUUGUCAGAGAGAAGAAAGGAUUCCAGAUGAUGUAUGCUGACUCAUAUAUGACCCGUGAAGAAUACAGGCAAAUGUUUGAUCAUUCACUGUAUGAUGAAAUGAGGGUUAAAUACAAAUGUGAAAAAGCAUUCCCCGAAGUGUAUGAUAAAGUCAGUAGACAGGCUCGCAUCUGAAACUUGCCUUCCUAUUUAUAUAUUUGUUGACAUACAGGUAAAUUAUUUUUGUACCCAAAGAAGAUAAUGCUCCUCGUUUCAUUGUUUCAGAAAUUAAUAUUUACCUUUCCAUUAA